GGUCUUGUCUCUUUUGAGGAGGUGGCUGUGUGUUUCUCCAAGGAAGAGUGGGCUCGGCUGGAUCCCCCCCAAAAAGCCCUCCACGGGGAAGUCAUGAGGGAGAACCUGAGGAACGUGACCUCUCUGGGGCCUGUUGGGCAAGAGAACAUGUGCUACAGGCAAAUAUUAGAAGCUCUCAGACGCAAAGAAGGAAGAGACCAAGCGGAGCUAAAAAGUCACGAGAGAAACCAGUCAAAGGAUGGAAGCAGAAAGUUUUCUUUUCAGUGCGGCGAAAUUCAAGCCUUGGACAUUCCCAAAGGAAAAAGGGCAAAGGGUUUUGGGAAAAGUGUGAAAACAUUCAGAGAAAAAUUAGAUUUAAAUGAGCAUGAUCACACUACAGACGAAGAGGAUCAGAACAGGGAAGACGAAAAAAGUUACAGCUGGACUUUCAUUCUUUCUUUGCGGGAUAGAAUCAACAUGGGGGAGAAACCCUACAAAUGUCGAGAGUGUGGGAAGAACUUCCGGAGCAGCAGCCAGGUUACUUCCCACAGGAGGAUCCACACGGGGGAGAAACCCUAUAAAUGCCUGGAGUGUGGGAAGAGCUUCACCUGGAGCAACGACCUGACUUGCCACAAAAGGAUCCACACGGGGGAAAAACUCUACAAGUGUUCUGAGUGCGGGAGGAGCUUCAGGAGGAACAGCCAGCUUGCUUACCAUAAAAGACUCCACGCGGGAGAAAAACCGUACAAGUGCAUGGAGUGUGGAAAGAACUUCCUGUGGAGCUAUCAGCUUACUUCCCACAAAAUGAUCCACACAGGAGAGAAACCCUAUAAAUGCCCGGAGUGUGGGAAGAGCUUCAGGAGGAGCAGCGAACUGACUUCCCACAGAAGGAUCCACACUGGUGAGAGGCCUUAUAAAUGUAUGGAGUGUGGAAGGGGCUUCAGGGGAAGCAGUGAACUGACCUCCCACAGGAGGGUCCACACAGGAGAAAAACCUUAUAAAUGCAUAGAAUGCGGGAGGACCUUCAGGAGGAAUAGCCAGCUUACUUACCAUAAAAGACUGCACUCGGGAGAGAAACCAUACAAAUGUAUGGAGUGCGGAAAGAACUUCUUCUGGAGCUAUCAGCUCGCUUCUCAUAAAAUGAUCCACACGGGAGAGAAGCCAUAUAAAUGCCUGGUGUGUGGGAAAAGCUUCAGAGGCAGCCGUGAGCUUUCUUCCCAUAAAAGGAUCCACGCAUUGGAAGAAUUACACAAAUGUUUGGAAUGUGGAAAGACCUUCAGGAGCAGCGCUGAGCUCACUUCCCAUAGCAAAAUCCACCCAGGGGAGAGACCGUACACAUGUACAGAGUGCGGAAAAAGCUUCUCUUGGAAUUCUCAGCUUACUUCCCACAAAAGGAUUCACUCUGGUGAGAAUCCAUAUGAAUGUGCAGAGUGUGGGAAAAGUUUCGGGGAAAGUAGUGAACUUAUUUCCCAUAAAAGGAUCCACUUAGACGAGAGACCAUAUAAAUGUAUGAAAUGCUCAAAGAGCUUCAGAAGGAACAGCCAGCUUGCCUGCCAUAAGAGAAUCCACACAGGGGAAAAGCCAUUUAAGUGUGCAGAAUGCGGGAAAAGCUUCCGUCAAAGCAGCCACCUCCUUUCCCAUAAAAACAUCCAUACGGGGGAGAAGCACUAUCAAUGCAUGGAAUGUGGGAAGACCUUCAAGAGGAGCAGUGAACUCACUUCCCAUGAAAGGAUCCACAUGGGGGAGAAGCCAUAGGAAUGAAUGGAUGUUUAGCAAGAGCAGCACCCUUGCUUCACAUGA